UAUCCAUUCUAAAAGUAGCGGAGCCAAUCCCACAUUAGCUGAAAGUUCGGCAGCUCAAAUGAGCAUCGUAAAAAUUGUGUAAAUUAACGCACUGUAGAGGAUCGGUAGCCUAGCACAGUCUGUUGAGUCUAAUUUCCAUCAUAUCAGUUUCAGAGGUUACUAUCGCAACGCCACUCCGGACUCGGCGCCUCCUCUCUCUCUCGAAAAUACUCGCAGAUUUUUAAUAUAUACUAUUUAUCGGUUUAUUUGAAGGAUGGGAGGGGGAUGGGUCAAGAAUGCCAAGUUUGAAUAUUCUCAGGCUCAUGUUGUGGCAUCCCAAGAGUUGUAAUCAAGAUGAAUAAAAGCUUGUUCUAGACGAAGAAUUACUUUUUUCCUAUUGUUUUGAAAAAUCCUGCAAAAUGUCAGGGGUACUCGGUUCAGCAUUGAAUGGAUCAAAUUCAAAUCUUUCAGAUACUAUGGGAAGACCUUUUGCCACAUCCUUUUCUGCUCAGACUGCUUCUUCUGGUGCUGUUUUGAAUCAGUCUGGUGGAACCAUCCAAGGGCCACACUAUAUUCAUGGGAACUUCAAUAUAUCAAACAUGUCCGGGUCAUUUGCAUCAAGAAAUUCUACAAAUAUAGGCGGUCUUCCCAAUAGCAUUCAACAAGCUGCAGGGAAUGUAUCUAAUGGGCGAUAUGCAAUGAAUAGUAUUCCCACUGCACUUUCUCAGUUAUCUCUUGGAAGUUCAAAUGGACAUGGUGGUGUUAACAACAUUGGAGGACCAGGUGUGUUGCAAAAUAUGGGAAAUAAUGGACGAAUUACGAACUCUGUGGGCAGUCUUAAUGGUGGGGGUAAUACUACAAGGGGUUUAAGCUCUGCUGGUUUGGCAAACAUCCCUGGUCUUGCUUCUCGCUUAAAUUUAUCUGGUAACAUAAUUUCUAGAUAUGGUUUUCACAUUGGUAGACUUGAGUUGCUAGCAGCAUGUCUAACUGUGGUGCCUGUGAUGAAUUAUAAUUACCGUCUUAAUGGAACAGGCAAUGCUGAAUUUCCUGUAAAUGCACGCCAAAAGGAACAGCUUCAUGCCAGUACUGAAUUUCCUGUAAAUGCGCGCCAAAAGGAACAGCUCCAUGAUAGUAUGGCAUCUUUAAUGCAACCUCAGCAAUUAACUAUGGGAAGGUCUUCUGGAUUCAACUUUAGUGGUACGUAUUCAUCUCAUCAUCCUCAGCAACAACAUCAUGCUUCGUCAAUAAAUGGCAGUGGGGCUUCCUUACUAACUGCAGGCAAUCAAGAUUUUCAUUUUCAUGGGCCUGAGCAGUAUCAACAAUUCCAACAAUCUCAGUCUCGCUUCAUCAGUCCAUUUAGAGACAAAGAUCUGAAAUCCAUGCAGGCAUUGCAAAGUGUGCCUGAUCGAUUUGGGAUGCUUGGUUUGUUAAGUGUCAUAAAAAUGACCAAUCCAGGCUUGAGUUCACUUGCUCUGGGUAUUGAUCUGACCUCACUCGGUUUAAAUUUGAACUCAUCAGAGACUAUUCACAAAAAAUUUGCCUCUCCUUGGUCUGACGAACCUGCCAGAGGAGAGCCUGAGUACAGUGUCCCUGAAUGUUAUUAUGCCAAACCACCUCCUCCAGUAAAUCAAAGCUACUUUGCAAGAUUCAGCCAAGAAACAUUAUUUUAUAUCUUUUACAGCAUGCCAAAAGAUAGGGCACAACUCUUUGCAGCAAAUGAACUGUAUACUAGAGGAUGGUUCUACCACAAAGAUCUCCGGUUAUGGUUCACUAGAGUGAAAGAUAUGGAGCCUCUUGUGGAGACAAACACUUACGAGAGAGGUUGCUAUUACUUUUUCGAUCCCAACACAUGGCAGAUGACAAGAAAGGAUAACUUCGUUUUGAUAUAUGAAAUGGUUGAGAAAAGGCCCACACUACCCCAGUAGGAUCCAGAAAUCUUCUAUUUUAUUUUCCAUUUUCUCGACCUCGGAUUUGUUCUUAUUCAGAAGUCUUGUAAGCCUUCUAUUUAUUUUAUUUUAUUUUUUUUAACUUAUCGAGCCAACGUGACGGAUUUAAAGUUUCUUCCUACGUUUUUCUGGGAUGCGGUCUGGGGCAGGAGGUUGAAGCUUUGGAUAAUGCGAUUAGUUAACUCAAAAUUUAUUAUUUAUUCGUUUUGAUAGAAGUUACAGAUUGUCACAUAAUUUGUGUAGGUGUUUUUGUCUUAAUUUUUUUCUGCAGCUCAUUUAUUUGAAGGAUUUUUCUUUUA